UUAAAGAUGUCCUACCCAACAACUCUGCAUUUAAUUGGUGGUAAAGCAGGUUCUCAAUUUUCAUUUACUGGUAAGAAGAACGGUGCCAGUUUAGAGAAGAUCGGGGUCUGGGUUGGAGAAUGGCAGGUGAAGGCUGUCAAGGUUUGGCUGUCAGAUGGCAGAAUUGGGAGCUUUGGUACUCAGGACGGGCCGUAUCAAGAGUACACGUUCAAGACUGGUGAGGGUUUCACCUCGCUGUCCCUGUGGGGCAACGGAGCAGGAACACGUCUUGGAGCCAUCAAAUUCAAGACCAACCAGGGUGGAGAAUUUUUUGCGAAGAUGACAAGUUGGGGUUUAAAAAAAGAAUAUCCCAUGGAUAUCGGCUCUGGAUAUUGUCUGGGAGUUGUAGGAAGAUCUUCUGAGGAUAUUGACUGCAUGGGAUUUAUGUUUCUCAAUGAGGUUGAAUCAACAGUUCUCACCAAUGUCAACUAUCCCACUAUUACCCAAAUGAUACCACAGGUGACUGUGGAAGAGCUGAAAUCUGUCUCUUACACGAAUGAAACCUCCACCAAUCAACAGCAAACAAUUGAAACCUCAAAGAAAAUUAUCAAAAAAUAUUCAUGGUCUAUGAGUAAGAGCUUUACAAAAACUUUUAGUAUGGAAGUAAAAGCUACAAUUGCAGAGAUUGUACAACUCUCUACUGGGUUCAGUUUCACCACUGGUUCACAAAGCACUUAUAGUCUGGAGGAGACAGAUGAGAGAACCGAAACUCUGACUACCACUUUAGAAAUCCCACCAAGAAAGAAGCUGGAAGUUCACAUCAGCAUCGGCAGAGUCACGUUUGACCUGCCUUACACUGGCACUGUGAAGAUUACUUGCAAGAACGGCAGUGUGUUACAGUAUGAAACCAAGGGCCAAUAUAAAGGCAUCACUUACACUGAUAUCAAAGUAAAAACGAAAGAAUCUGCUGUGUAA